UGGGCUGCCGCCGCCGCCGCUGUUGGAGGCAGAUCGGAGAUAUAAAAGACCUGGCCGGGGGCCGGCGGUGGCUUCAGUGAGCGCGGACGCUCAGGCCGUGGGGAGGGGGCGCAGCGGGACGCGCGGAGCGGCGGCGGGACAGGCGGAGGCAGCGCGGGGCUCGCCGUGGGCAACCCCAAUGCGUGGACUAUCGGCUGCUGCAUUAUGCUGGAGCUACAGUUCCGCUGAAGGGAGUUUGCACACGGCCGGCUGGGCUGGACUGCAGCGCUGCCGUUCCUUAUGAAGAAGGCACAAACUUGGAUUAUCACUUGCUUUUGUCUUCAACUACUCCUACUUAAUCCUCUUGUCAAAGCCCAGAGUUCCUGCGGGAAUCCAGUCACAGAUGAUGUGAAUGACAUUGCAAAACUGGUUGGAAAUCUCCCAAAUGAUUAUCUGAUAACCCUUAAAUAUGUCCCGAAGAUGGAUAGUCUGCCUAAUCACUGUUGGUUGCAUUUGAUGGUGCCUGAAUUUUCAAGGAGUCUACAUAAUCUUCUCCAGAAAUUUUCAGAUAUUCCAGAUAUGUCGGAUGUUUUAAGCAACUAUUCAAUCAUCAACAAUCUCACAAGGAUAAUUAAUGAUCUUAUGGCAUGCCUUGCUUUUGAUAAAAACAAGGAUUUUGUAAAAGAAAAUGGUCACCUUUAUGAAGAAGGUCACUUCAUUCCUGAGGACUUUUUUAGGCACUUUAAUAGUACCAUUGAGGUCUACAAAGAAUCUGCAGACAGAUUGGAUAAGAAUGACUGCAUUCUGCCUUCAACAGUAGGAACACCGGAAAAUGAUUCCAGAGUCGCUGUCACAAAAACAUUUUUGUUUCCUCCUGUUGCUGCCAGCUCUCUUAGGAAUGACAGCAUUGGCAGUAGCACUAACAGUAACAAAGAAGCACUUGGCUUCAUUAGCAGCUCCAGCCUGCAAGGGAUCAGCAUAGCUCUGACAUCAUUGCUGUCUCUCCUUAUUGGCUUUAUUUUGGGAGCCAUAUACUGGAAGAAAAUACAUCCCAAAUCCAGACCAGAAAGUGAUGAAACUACACAGUGUCAUGACUAUCAAGAGGAAAAUGAGAUAAGUGUGUUGCAGCAAAAAGAAAAGGAACAUCUACAAGUGUAGCUGUUGCUUUUUCUCCCUCAACACUGUUACUGUUUCGUGUACUGGCAGGUAACAGUUCCAUGUUCGCUUCAUAAAUGAAGCAGCUUUAAGCACAUUCGUAUUCCUUCUGGAGUGACAGACUGAGUCUGCAUCUGUUGUUGCUGCCCAUGACUCCAUAGACAUGAUACAGAAAUGAGGACAAUUUGUGUUUGUUACUGUGAAACCAACACUGAAUUGAACGAUGACAAGAAGAGUGUGCACUUAGCAGGACUGUAUCUUAUGUGAAUAUCUACCUUGUGUGACAUUUGAGGUUUUAAAAUUGCAUUAAUACUUUCAGCUGACUCUGGCAAACAAACUAUGCCCUGAACAAAAAACGCCUCUUUCAAAUGCCUCCAACUGUGUGUAAUCAUUACAAAUCAUAAAUACCUUUGCACCCUUAAUUUAAACUCUGUGUCCUUUACCUUAAAUUGAUGUCUUCAGAUGAAGGUCUCUGAACUGACAGAAAACGCAGAAAUGGAUACAGAUAACAUACUCUUCAAUAUUGUUUAUAAAACUUGAAAGCAAAGUCAUGCCAUGAGCUCUUGUUCUAGACUUAGACUUAUAAGGAGCUGUGUUCAUGCCUGUCAAAGGCUGUGUGUACAGCGACACGUGGUCUCUACCGGGUGCCAGGUGGCUGGUUGCCCACCCCAGAAAGCCUCAAGAAAUCUUCGGCGUUGGUGGUCUCUGUUCAGGAGAAGCAAAUACUGGAUGAAGACAAAAUAAAAAGGAGGUGACUGUACUUCAUGGAGCUUCGAAGAAUUAAGAGUAACUGCUGGGUAUGUGAACACUGGUGAAAUUUCCAGUCAUGCUAAGGCAAAGUAAAGAGUCUGAAUUGCGUUCAAAUGUCACAAUAAAGACAAACCUGUGAAAUGCAUUUUAAAUUCUGAAGAUGCAUGCCAUUGAUACCUUGUCUUGAAAUGUAUAGCGUAGAAAAUCUGAAAGAUCCUGAGAGUGUAUUUAGCUUUUACUUACAUCAGCUGUAAUUAAUGCUUGCAUUGUGUUUUAAGUGAUUAGUAAGCUUUAAUAUCCUGGCAUUCUCCACUCUUGAAAGUUAAUUCUUUUGAAACAAAAGAGAAAGGCUUUGUUUCCCACCUGUCUUCUGCAUCUAUUACUGUUACAGUAUCCAUGGAAUAUGAACAGGACUGAUGUACAGAUGUGCAUUUUCAAGUAAAUCCUAAAAAUACCAUGGUAAAAGUUAAAAGUGUAGUUGUGCAUCUUUUCAUAUUCUCUCUUCCCAGAUAAUGAAUAUGAAUUAUUUACCUGUAUUAGGGGUGGUAAUUCAGAAGGGUAAAGGGUAGAGGCUCACAUGAAGUGACAAACUGUCAUCUGUUGUGAUACUGACCAGGUCAGCAAGAGUUUUAGGUUAAAUAACUUGAAAACUUAAAAAAAAAAAACAACAAAACCAAAAACAACCCUUUUAAAGUUUUGCAUAAAGUUGGAGUUCUCCUUAAAAUGUAUAGUUACUAAAUUUUUUAAGAGUUCUUGUGAAAGUUUUAAUCUUCUGCUCAAUUUUCUGAGAAACAUGCAUAAAAAGAAUAUGUCAUACAUAUAAUAUAUACGUGUGUGUGUGUGUGUGUGUGUAUGUAUGUAUGUGUGUGUAUUAUUGGUAAAACUGUCUUUCAUACUUACAAAAAUAAAAAAAUCUCAGAAGCUUACCAUACUCAAUGAUGUGGGAUGUAACCACACUGCAUGGAAUUGUGACCCUACUGCAAUCAAUGUUGAAAUUUCUCAUAAAUUCACUGAUGGAAUGAUUUGAUCAUGUGGAAUUUUCAUUUAUAGUCAGGCCCUUUUUGUACUUCCUGUUUGUCAGAAAAGGGUCCUCAAGUCCUACUCAGCUGGAAUAAAUUAUCAUAGUUCCAUUAAGGAUAACUUUAGGGUUUAUGUCACCUGAGGAACUACUCUUAGACUGGAUCAAAAGAAGCUUAGUGUCAGAAUCAGACCUUCACAUUUAUUCUGAAGAUGCUGGAGCACUCACCAAUUAAUAACUAGGGUUGCUCAUCACUUCUAAAAAGCAAGUACAUUCCUCAAACAAUGGAAUUCCUCAGCUGAGUGUCCUUUGGCUCUGUGUAGUUCUUUACUCAAAAGGCCCCCAGACUCUGAGUUUCAAACUUAUUUAAGAGUUACCCUAAAAGAAAUGUCAGCAUGACCUAACUGAUUGAAAUUUGCACCUUAUUGGUAAUGCAAAGAAUAACUGUGUAUUGGUUUUGACUGAAUGGGAAAGUAUUCACAGUAAAUGGAAGCGAUAAUCCUUAUACACUGUAUGAAAACCUUAAAUACUUCAUACAACGUGCUCUUGAGGCUAGCUUAUACAUUUGAGGGUUUGGGGUUUUUUUCUUAGAUUCAGUAAAACCAAAAUCUUGUAUUUAUUAAUGUUCUUUUUGAUAAAAAAUGUUCA